AUGAAUGUUGAUGAACCUGCAGAUCUGCACGCACCCGUCGAGUCUAUUUCUGAGGGCCAUACACCAUUUGACACUUACCUGCCUCCCCCCGAGUACUCUCCUGUGCCGGACUCUCCUACACAUAGUCUAGAAAGCGAGCAUGCCUCAAAACGUGCACGUGUUGACGAUGUUGAGGAUGAAGACAACUUACCGGCGGGUCAAUUUUGCGAGCAUUUUAGUGAUCCCGCAGCCACAGUCAUUGGCGCUGCGAAGACAGACUUCGAGCUCCACCGAGAUGGUAUGAAUGCCACGGAUUCGAUGCCAUUCUCACCAUUUGCUGAUGAAGAGGAGUGGGAGUUAUCUGAGUGGCUUAUGAAAAACCUGGGUCAAAACUGUAUUGACGAGUAUCUCAGCUUACCUAUUACUCGCAAUCGCACACAGCCAUCCUUCCAUAAUACACGUGCCUUCCUGCAGAAGAUAGAUGAGCUACCUACUGGGCCUGAAUGGACAUGCAAGAAGGUCUGUGUGAUGGGGAAUCUCACCGGAGAAGACGACCAACCGUUGACAGAGGAGCUGGAGUUGUGGACCAGGGAUCCUCUUGAAUAUCAUGCGGGAUCAUGCCACAUUUACAAUGAAAUGUGGACGGGCGACUGGUGGUGGCAAACACAAGAAAAGCUCCCCAAUGGCGCGGUCAUUGCACCAGUCAUUCUUGCAUUGGACAAGACCAAGCUCUCACAGUUUCAUGGAGACAAGUCGGUGUGGCCGGUGUACUUGACCAUCGGCAAUAUCUCAAAAGAAACAAGAUGCGCGUCAUCUUCUCGCGCAAUGAUACUCAUCGGAUACCUCCCAGUGACCAAACUCACCUGUUUCAGUGACAAGAGUCGAUCUCUUGCUGGAUACUGCCUCUUUCACCACUGCAUGUCCCUCCUCCUUGUGCCGCUCGUGGAUGCUGCUACUAAUGGCGUUGACAUGGUGUGCACGGACACAUUUAUCUGCCGCGUGUUCCCAAUUGUGGCCUCGUAUGUCGCAGAUUAUCCUGAGCAAUGCUUGGUUGCCUGUUGCAGUGAAAACAGCUGUCCAUGGUGCACAGUUGAUCCCAAGCGAUGUGGGAAACUUCUUGACACACUUGAAUGGUGCGACCCUGAAGAAACAUAUGAGACCCUCCAGAAGCAGAAGAAUGGACUUCAACCUGCUGUUUUUGAGGAAGAAAACCUAUGUGCCAUGUACAAACCAUUCUGGCAUGAUCUACCACACUGCAACAUCUUCUCCUGCUUCACCCCAGACUUGCUGCACCAGCUGCAUAAAGGUGUUUUCAAAGAUCAUCUCGUUAGCUGGUGUAUGACCUUGGUCAGUGAAAAGGAGAUGGACGCAUGCUUCAAAGCAUUAGCUGGCUAUCCUGAACUCAGGCACUUUAAAAAAGGUGUCUCUAUCGUCACGCAGUGGACAGGUACUGAGCACAAAGAGAUGCAGUGCGUCUUUGUGGCGCUUCUCGUGGGCGCUGUCCCUCCAAAGGUCCUCACAGUUGUGCGGGUGCUCUUAGACUUCAUCUACCUUGCGCAGUUCUGCCUUCACACCUCCACGAGUCUCGCUCGCCUUGAUACAUGCCUCAAGCUAUUUCAUGAGCACAAAGAUGUGCUCAUCGACUUCAAGGUGCACAUGCAUUUCAACAUCUCGAAGCUCCACUCCCUUCAACAUUAUGUAAAUGCCAUCCAACUGUAUGGCAUGGCUGAUAGCUUCAAUACCGAACUACCCGAGCGACUGCACAUUGACUAUGCCAAGGAGGCCUAUCGGGCAAGUAACAGGUGCGAUUAUGAGGAGCAAAUGGCCCUAUGGUUGCAGCGCCAGGAGGCUAUCUUUCGAUGA